CUUCUCUCUCGCUCUCCCACAGUCGCGUUCAAUCUCACGUGCAUCAUCACACGCAGUUGGCCACUCACCUUUUGUCUGUCGGUAUUGAGAGAAUCAUAAUCUCUUGUCUCCUGCGGGAUAAGCUGAGAGUAGUAAUCGUGCUAGUGUUGUUUUGUGGCAGUGCCUUGUUUGAUGCCGCUGCUGCUGUUGACCCACUUGCCGCGACGCUGGAUGGAGUCUCAUACAUCUCCCGGUGCUAAGGAGAGUUGUCGUCUACCACCGGUCAACCUCAAAGCACUCGUCAACUAUUAAAUAGCACCGUCGACAGUCAUACUCAUCACAUCACGACGAUGCCGAGGUUAAGGGAGCGCAAGCUUGCGAAUAAUAUGUUGCACUAAAAAUUCUAGCCAUCUGAAAGAUGACUCGUGUUACUAGAAAGUGGGAGCUAUUCCCUGGCAGAAAUCGUUUCUGCUGUGAUGGGAGAGUCAUGAUGGCUCCACAAACUGGUGUCUUUUAUGUCACAGUUUGUUUAAUAGCUGGAACUAGUGGACUGUUUUUCGCAUUUGACUGUCCAUUUUUAUCAGAGAACAUUACACCAGCCAUACCAGUCAUUGGUGGCUUAUUGUUUAUCUUUGUAAUGUCAGCUCUCUUUCGGACUGGCUUUAGUGAUCCUGGUGUGAUUCCUCGUGCAACACCUGACGAAGCAGCAUACAUUGAGAAACAAAUAGAAGUGCCAAAUAAUGGUAAUUCACCAACCUACAGACCACCUCCAAGAACAAAAGAAGUAUUGGUCAAAGGACAGCCAGUGAAAUUAAAAUACUGCUUUACGUGUAAAAUAUUUAGACCUCCUAGAGCAUCACAUUGUAGUUUGUGUGAUAAUUGUGUUGAGAGAUUUGACCACCAUUGUCCAUGGGUAGGAAACUGCGUAGGACGUAGAAAUUAUCGAUACUUUUAUGCGUUUAUAGUAUCAUUAGCAUUUUUAUGCGUUUUUAUAUUUGCGUGCGCAAUAACGCACCUAAUAAUGUUAACGAGAGAUAAUAAGCCUUUCCUUGAAGCUGUAAGAUUGUCUCCAGCUAGCGUAGUAGUUGGAGUGGUUUGUUUCUUUUCCGUUUGGAGUAUUUUAGGAUUGGCUGGAUUUCACACAUACCUCACAACUAGUAAUCAAACUACUAACGAAGAUAUUAAAGGUUCCUUUACAAGUAAGAGAGGACAAGAAAGCUUUAACCCCUAUAAUCAUGGAAACAUUUGCGGAAAUUGUUUCUAUGUUCUCUGUGGUCCAGUACCUCCUAGCCUUAUUGAUCGAAGGGGCAUCGUAACGCCUGAAUAUCGUGCUGAACACGAAAAAGUUACUGAAGAUAGUGUUAUAACUAAUAAUAAAACUUAUGGAAAUGUGAAAAUUGUACAGCCACAGUCGAAUGGUGUAGCGGUAUCGGUACCCGAGAUGUCAGACUACGAGGGUUCCACUAGCCAAUUGGUUCAAAGACAGCAACAUCAUCAACAACAACUACCGAUGCUUCUGCAACAGCAACAACAUCAGCAGCAGCAACAGUACUCACCACAUUUGGACAGUGUGAACGGUAGCACAACAAGUAGCGUGAGCCACUUAGUACCAAACGAGGUGCCACUGGCAUCGUUAAGUCUAUCGCCAAUCGAUAUUGACGAGAUCGCACCAUUACCUCCAACCACGACGUCAACGUCAUCGCGUGGUGCUUCAGUGCUUACCCUUGACGCGGCUGGAUUGCCUGCACCACCAUUGUCUGCCUCAAGGUUACGAUUAUUACAAGACACCACGAUGAUUGAGUCGGCCUUGGAUUUAGAUAGUCUCGAGGAAACUAGCGUCGGUCGUGGCAGUCAGGCAGGAUUGAUUAAAAUGGGUGCUAUCUGAUAAAAGAAAUGAAGAUGAAAAAUAAAAACAACUAAGUUACAUUAUUGGUGCGCGUGCCUUGGCGGUAUAGAAGUUUUGUUGAACACGUGUCGUUUUUACUUUUUUCUUUUCUAUUGAUGACGAUUUAUGUGACUUGUCUAAUUCUACAUUGUUUCCUGUAUAUCUUGGAUUACAUUUCGUCUUGGAAAACACGAUGUAUUUUACAAUUCUAUCAAAUAUGAAGUAGAUAUUUCUUUUCUUUUAUACUAUUUUGGUAUGAAUUCGUAUAAUGAUUAUGAGUUUUCUUUUUGUAUAAAUAUUUUUUUUAAAGCUAAGGAGUAACGAAAUAGAAAAUAUAUUAAUUUCUACCUACAGAAUCAAUGUCGCAUCUAAUUUAAGUGUACCUACACUGACAUAAGAAUUGUUCAAAGGUGAAAUGAAUGAAUGACAAUCGUGUUCAAUGAAAUUUUUAUUAACUGGGAAUAAAAGACUUGACUGUUAAUCGUCGAUGCGAAAAAAAUGUAAAAUUACAGAUGACAUCAAAGUGCAACAUAAAAAAGUCUUUAAUGAAAGAUUCGAAUAUUGCACGUGUUCAUAUUGUAACAAUAACGAAUAACAGUUAUCUGGAAAAAGACAAUUUAUCGGCGUGUAUCUAGACCAAUUGUGAAAAACAAAAGACGUUAUAUUGUUUAAGUAUGUGGAGUAUGUUUAAAUUUGCUAAUUGCGUCAAUUCUACUUUUUACACUUUAUAAUGAAAUUCUACAUGGUUUUUGACUAUUUACACGUAAAGUUUUAGUAUACUAUUUGUCGUCACUAAACAUUUUUAUAUGACAAUUUACUUCGUUUUUCAAUUAUUAUUCAAUUAUUUAUUUGUGUGAUUGUUAUAUGAUUCAUGUAAUAUUUGUUUUUCAUGAUUUCAUCUAGAAGAAAAGUCCGUCCUUGCAUAAGCAUUUUAGAUUCCAGUUAUAAUAUUUUUUUGCUUGUAUUUUCGUACACACAGUCUGUGUAAAUAGUCAAAAUUUAAUUUGAAAAAUAAAAUGAUUUCUUAAAAUCAAAGCAAGAAUUUAUACAUUGCAGCACAUAUUCAGAACAAAAUAUUCAUCCGAGCGUAAAUAAUUAUGUUUCGCGUAUUUAUUAUAUUUAGGUAACAAGUAUUAAGAAAUAGAAUUAUACGACAAGUUAAUGCGUUUAAGAAGUAUAAAUACAUGGUUUAGCCUUGCGGCUACCAAAUAAUGCGCAAAACAUUAAUAGAUUUCUAUUUCAGAUCCGAUACAUAGAUAGUGAAUAUUUUUUUUCAUACUUGAAUUCAUUCAUUCGAAUUUAUUCGUAUUUGAUUCAAAUUAAGAUGCUCUAGCAAAUAGAAAUUCGCAUUGCAGAGACUACAAACAUUUUCAGCACCUGUUUAAAUGCACUUAUUGUGAACAGAAAAAGUAAAGUAAAAAUAUAAAUUAUUGUUAUAAAUUGUCUAUUUUAGAUAAAUUUUUGGUGCAGCAGUACAGAAGAAAUUUUAUUCAAAUCUAAAUUUGAAUCGGAUCUCAUUUUGUAUUUUUUAUUAUUCGUUAUAAAACGUUAUUAUUGUCUAUUUUUAUCAUUUGUUGAGCGAGCUUUCAUGUAAAAAAUAAUAAAAAUAGCAAACUAUUAUAUGCGCUCUGGUCACUGCUAAAAACCUUUUAGAAUAAAGAAAUUAUUAUUGUAUGAUUCCCAAAUGUUGUUCUAGAAAAAAUUAAUUCGUUUACGAGAUGAUACACUGCCCAACAAAUAAGUUUAGUAUCUCGAAUUUAUGUUACUUUAUCCCAAACUAAAUACAGUUAUUACUAUUGAUUUUAAUACUGUAACAUUUUAGAAUUAUCUAUACUUUUUAUAUCCAAAAUUAUUAUUAUAAAAAAUGUUGAAGCUCUGCAAAGGUGGAUUGUUCUGUAUAUACAAUUAACGUUCAUGUAUAGAUUUUUA